UCAGUAGAUGAUCGAAAAGAUAAGAUGACAUUUUGGUCUUUCAAUGCUCGAAGUAUCGUGAAUAAAGAUAGAGAAUUAAGGACCCGAUUGUCAUCUUAUGAUUAUGACGUGAUUGCCGUGACAGAAACCUGGCUAGAUUCUUCGAUUAACGAUGGUGAAAUCUUUCCUAGUUCCUAUCAAGUUAUUAGGAAAGACCGGUCAAGAAGCGGGGGUGGAAUAUUAGUAGCAUGCAGUCAUCAUUUGAGUGUUAGAAGACGUUUUGAUUAUGAAACCGAAUGCGAAGUGCUCUGGUGCGAGGUUGUCAUACCAAAUCCGCUUACAACCAUGCUAGUGGGAGUUUUUUAUCGGCCGCCGUCGACAGACUUGAACUAUAUGCAAGAACUGGAAAAAUCUUUAUCGAUGAUUGAACGUAAUGGGAAAAACUUAACACUUGUAUUACUUGGAGAUUUUAACUUUCCAAAUAUUAAUUGGUUCGCUCCGUCGCCUUCGACUUUAUGCAGCGACGCAUAUUUUUGUGACAUGAUCGAUGACAACUUUUUACAUCAAACGAUAAAUGUACCUACUCGAAAAGGUAACAUUCUUGACCUUGUCCUUGUAAAUAAACCAGAAUUAAUGCUUUGGUCAAACGUUUGUGAAGGCUUAGCUAACUCUGAUCAUGAUUCUAUUGAAUUUUCACUGAAAGUUAAGAUUGCUCGCCGUAAAUGUAGUCCCAGACUAGUAUACGAUUAUAAAAAUGCUGACUGGGACGGUUUAAAAGAGGAUUUUAGAAAUAUCCCAUGGAACUGUAUUGACUUGGUAUCGGAUAUUGAGGUUGUUUGGAGUUUGUGGAAGAGUUUGUUUUUCAAAGCUGUUGAACGUAAUAUCCCUUCCAAAUUCCUUUCGUCUAAGCGGAAUGUUCCUUGGUUUAACUCGGACAUUAAGAAAUUAAUUCAUAAAAAACAAAGGCUAUGGAAAAUAGCGAAAUCCUCUGGGAGUCCUAAUAAAUGGUCCAAUUAUAAAAAUUGA